CUUCUAACCUAGAAGUAGAGUGUAUAACCUCCAAGGAACUGUCAGAAAACAUUCAAAAUGCCUCAAAGUAAACAACAGGAAUAGUUUUUCAACUUUAAGCGAGAGAAAGCUGAAAUCACUGGCAUGUAAUGUAGUCAGUCCCUGCUCGUUAUGGUAGCCGUCAAUAUUAAAUAUCUCUUAGCUCUGAUUAUUGUCAGUGCUAUAGUCUAUUAUGGCAUUUAUCAAAUCCAACUGGCAAAGCUCCAGGCGCAAGUAAUCCGGUUAGAGUCAUUGACUAGGGUGCAGAAGCAAUCGGUGGUUUCCCCAGCGAAACCAAAUUUAUCAGACAAUCUAGUUGUUUUGUAUAAUCGAGUCCCUAAAACAGGCUCUACAAGCUUCGUGGGCAUAGCUUAUGAUCUGUGCAAAAAGGGGCAAUAUCAUGUCCUGCAUGUGAACGUAACUGGAAACAGCCAUGUUCUAUCAUUGACUAAUCAAAUUAAGUUCGUCACCAAUGUGACCGAAUGGGGCUCGAUGAAACCCGCUUUGUAUCACGGGCAUUUUGCAUAUAUAGACUUUUCCAAGUUUGGAGUAUUCAAGCCGCUGUAUAUAAAUGUUAUUCGUAAACCCUUAGAUAGGUUUAUCUCUUACUACUAUUUUCUGCGAUAUGGGGACAAUUUUCGGCCAUAUUUGGUUCGACGGAAAGCUGGAAACACCAUGACAUUUGAUGAAUGUGUUCAACAGAAACUGCCAGAGUGCGACCCAAAUGCAAUGUGGUUACAAGUUCCAUUCUUCUGUGGGCACGCCUCGAAUUGCUGGAAACCCGGCAAUAAAUGGGCGUUGACCGAAGCGAAGAAAAACCUGGUAAACAAUUACUUCCUAGUGGGAGUCACUGAGGAGCUGGAAGACUUUAUUGCUGUUCUGGAAACUUCGUUGCCCAGAAUCUUCAAAGGUGCCUUGGAGCAUUACACGGGCAGUAACAAGUCCCACCUAAGGCAAACAGUCCAGAAAAAUUCCCCGUCUGUUGAGACAGUCAAUAAAUUCAAAAGCAAUUCAGUCUGGCAGAUGGAGAACGAGUUUUAUGAGUUCGCUUUGGAUAAUUUCCAUUUUAUCAAAAAGCAAACGCUGAAGAAUCAACAGCAACAUGUUAUAUAUGAGAAAAUUCGACCGAGGCAAUCAUAGCUGUAUAGUUAGUUAAGCCCGAGGUGUUUAGUGGGCUGGAAUAUAUGCAGGCAUUUAUUACCACGUAA